GCAUCAGAUUUCCGCAAUUUCCGGGCACGUCACUAGCCAGCCGGCUCCUGAGAAUUCACAAUAGCAGACACGUUUACCUUGAAGUUAUCUCUGCCGAGAAUCGUUUUGGGUUGGAAUGGCCGAUGAUAGUGUGGUGGACAAAAUGAGCGAAAUGCAAGUAGACGAAGGGAAAAAGAAAGGAGCUGGUGGUGGCAAAGACGGAUCGAAGAAGAAGGCUAAAGGUGGUGCAGGAGGAGACUCGGCUGCAAAGGGGGAGCUCUCCCCUCCACCAACGUACAUUGAGGAGCGUCUCUCUCUCUACACAACGCUUAAAGCUGAGCACGACGCGCUGCAGGCCCAGAGGGCUGAGAGUGACAGCAAGCCCAUCAAGGUGACCCUGCCCGAUGGUAAAGUGGUGGAUGGUGAAUCCUGGAAGACCACCCCCUAUCAAGUGGCCGCUGGUAUUAGUCAAGGUCUUGCUGACAACACUGUAAUUGCUAAAGUGAACAACAGCGUCUGGGAUCUGGAUAGACCACUGGAGGAGGAUUGCAGCCUACAGCUGCUAAAGUUUGAUGAUGACGAGGCCCAGGCGGUCUACUGGCAUUCCAGUGCCCACAUCAUGGGAGAAGCCAUGGAGAGGGUUUACGGGGGCUGCCUUUGCUACGGGCCUCCCAUUGAAAGUGGCUUCUACUAUGACAUGUUCCUUGAAAACAGCGAAGGAGUUUCAAGCAAUGACUUUCCGGGGCUGGAGAACCUGUGCAAGAAGAUCAUCAAGGAGAAGCAGCCGUUUGAGAGACUGGAGAUAAAGAAGGAGACCCUGCUGGAUAUGUUUAAGUACAACAAGUUCAAGUGUCGUAUCCUCAACGAAAAAGUCACCACUCCAACCACCACUGUUUAUAGGUGUGGUCCUCUCAUCGACCUUUGCCGAGGUCCGCAUGUGCGACACACUGGCAAGAUUAAAGCCCUGAAAAUCCACAAGAGCUCCUCCACAUACUGGGAGGGGAAGGCGGACAUGGAGACCCUGCAGAGGAUCUACGGGAUCUCCUUCCCGGACACCAAGCUGCUCAAGGAGUGGGAGCAGUUCCAGGAGGAGGCCAAGAACCGGGACCACCGCAAACUUGGCCGGGAGCAGGACCUCUUCUUCUUCCACGACCUGAGCCCGGGGAGCUGCUUCUUCCUGCCCAAAGGGGCCUUCAUCUACAACACCCUGGUCCAGUUCAUCCGAAGUGAGUACAAGAAGAGGGGAUUCCAGGAAGUAGUCACGCCCAACAUUUACAACAGCAAGCUGUGGCAGACCUCCGGCCACUGGCAGCACUACAGCGAGAACAUGUUCUCCUUCGAGGUGGAGAAGGAAACCUACGCCCUCAAGCCCAUGAAUUGCCCCGGACACUGUCUGAUGUUCGACCACCGGCCGCGCUCCUGGAGGGAGCUGCCCCUCCGCCUAGCCGACUUCGGGGUGCUGCACCGGAACGAGCUGUCGGGAGCGCUGACCGGCCUGACCCGUGUGCGCCGCUUCCAGCAGGACGACGCCCAUAUCUUCUGCACCAUGGACCAGAUCGAGGAGGAGAUCGUGGGCUGCCUGGACUUCUUGCGCACCGUGUACCAAGUGUUUGGCUUCACCUUCAAGCUGAAGCUCAGCACUCGGCCCGAGAAGUUCCUGGGGGAGCCCGAGGUGUGGGACAAGGCAGAGAAGCAACUGGAGAACAGCCUGAUCGAGUUUGGUGAGAAGUGGAUCCUCAACCCAGGCGACGGUGCCUUCUACGGUCCAAAGAUCGACAUCGAGAUCAAAGACGCGAUCGGCCGCUACCACCAGUGCGCCACCAUCCAGCUGGACUUCCAGCUGCCGAUCCGCUUCAACCUGAGCUUCGUCAGCCACGACGGCGAUGACAAGAAGAGGCCGGUCAUCAUCCACCGAGCGAUCCUGGGGUCCGUCGAGAGGAUGAUUGCUAUUCUGACGGAGAACUACGGCGGCAAAUGGCCUCUGUGGCUCUCUCCCCGCCAAGUCAUGGUCGUACCGGUGGGACCCACCUGCGAGGAGUACGCCCAGAAGGUCCAGAAGGAGUUCCACGCCGCGGGGCUCAUGACUGACGUGGAUGUGGACCCCGGCUGCACGCUCAACAAAAAGAUACGCAACGCUCAGCUGGCCCAGUACAACUUCAUCCUGGUGGUGGGAGAGAAGGAGAGGACCAGCGACACGGUGAACGUGCGCACCCGCGACAACAAGGUCCAUGGCGAACGCAGCGUGAAGGACUGCCUGGACCGCCUUCUGCAGCUCAAAUCUUCCCGGAGUCGGAACGCCGAGGAGGAAUUCUGAGGAGCCUUUUUUUUUUCUUUUUUUCUUUUUUUUUUUGCUUAAUCCUAAACUUCAGCUUUUUGGGGUCAUUUAGGUCUGUCGGGGAGCGGGGUUAAAGGAACAAACAGUUGCCUGGUCUUGAAUGAUUCAAUCACAUUUUCUAUGGAAAACAUCUGUGAUCAAAUUUCAGUUUCUUCCUGUCUGUAUGCCACGUGAACGUCAAUGUCACUCCAAUGUCAUCGCCUUCAUGCAAUGAAAUUCCCGCUCUGCUCGCAAAGACAAACACAUUUAGCAGCUUUACACAAUCGUUCUGUACAAUGAAGAUAUAAUUCAUCUUGUGCUCGUCUAACUGUUUCAUAAAGCUCCUAGCUGUUAGGAGCUAACGGUUUCAUAAAGCUCUUAACUGUUGCAUAAAUCAGGAAUAUGAAUAUGAUGAUGUGUCAUGUGGACUUAAUGACCGUUUAUAUGUCUCCUCUUCAGGGAAUUGUACACGAGUUAUACUUUUGAUACAAUUAAACCAUUUCACCUUUAGUGAGUGUUGGCUGGCUCAAUGCUGUCUGCACAUUUUUUCUGCUGGACGAAUCGAAUCUAUGAAAUUAGUUGGAGAUUGAGCCUGUAACUUAAAGAAUCAUAUGGUGCAGGGUCUCCCCUAUGUGUGUCAGCGUUGCCUUUAUAUCAGUGUUUCAAACCAUUUGUUUUCAUUAAGUCCAAAUAGAACCAAUGUAUAUCAAAUUAUUUGCAGUUAUUAGGCCUGUGGGCCUAUAUAGAAGAUGGAUGGUCUUUGUUGGACAUCUCUGGAAAUGUGGCUUUGCCUUCACAGUCCAUAAAAAUGUAUUAGGCUACACAAUAGACAAAUAUGUAUCAAACUUCAUACGACGAUGAAUCAAAGAAUAUAUAAUGAAAUAUAGUUGAAUAAUAGGCUUCUGGGUUGACAAUGAUUAUGGUUCUUCAUUCAUGGAGAUAAUCAGCAGACAUUUACCGACAAGGAGAUGGAUGGAGAUCACCAAAUACCAAUGGGGAAUAAUUUUUCAUAAUGAUUAAUAUAUGUUCAUCAGUCAAAAAUAAAUAGGCUAACAUUCAGACUGAAUAGCUUAAUCAAAGAUGUGUAUUACUUUAUGCUUAGAGCGUAAAGAUGCAGCCCUUCGAAACGCACAUAUUUGGGUUGGUUUGAUUUUAAAGGUUAAUCCUAUAGCAAAUCCGGUUAUUAAUUAAUUAAAUUAAUUCAUUUAUUAUACACGACUCGAUCUUCUAGCUCACAGCCAAUCAUAGCGUCGUCGUUGUAAUUAGCUCAUUUCGACGCACACCUAUGUCAGCCGCACGCACCUCUAUCAAAUAAGGCAAGUUGGUAUUUUUUAUUGUUAUAAGACUGAAAUAUAUUGUGAUUUUGUUUUUUGUUGAGCGAAGCCACCGAUUUAUAAAAAAUACCCGCCGUUGCUUGGUUCUGUUUUUGAGUAAUCUUUUCAAACGUGGCCUGCAACUGGGGAGCAGCGAGCAGCCCAAUUGGUUUUAGGCCUAUUGUAGGAGCUGGUUGAAGUGGUUGCAAUGUGUUUGGGCUGUUGGCUUCAGCAGUGGUUCAACAUUGAGGUCUGUCCUGGGCUGAAGGGAGAGGUGCCAUAGAGAUUCCCUGACUGGCCUGGCCUGGUACGCCUGGAGCAAUGGGGGCUGUAGACUUGUUACCCAAGUCGCCUGGAAGCCUCGGUAACCCCAGUGGUCCUCCCCACAUCAGCCUCCAAUUGAGAGCCAACCCUGCUGCUCCUGUAGCACUGGAGCUCCAUGAACUUUUGGCAACAACAUCGAGCCCACGUCUAAAAGGAACAAGGUCAUUCUGUUUGUGGUCAUGUGUUGGGGGAAUUGUGCCCACGUAUUUGUUGAGCAUGUGUAACAUGCAAGUUGUUAAAUGGCGAGACAAUAAUUAAGGCUGAUUGUUCCUUUGAGAUUUUUGUUAUGGUAAAAAGAAAAUUGCCCCAUGACUCGCCUCAUCAAGCCAUUAAGGAGGCAUAUAACUAAAUUAUGAAAUGGUCAUUUGUAAAUGAUUGUUAUUUUUCCAUGACUACUGAAUACUCACUAAUUACAAGAAUGCCAGAAUUACUGUUAUCAUAACCUGUCAAUACAAUCCAAAUACAACUUGUCAUGUAAAUGAUUCAAUGAUUCAUAG